AUGGGCAUGGGCUUUACGAGUCCACCUGAAAAGAAACGACCGCCAAUCGGGGGGGAGAGGGAGGCCAUUUCAAUCUCAUCCGUCUCUCUACCAUCUCUACCAUCCUCUUCCUACUCUAUCCUGUCUAUCUCUACCAUCCUCUCUUCUCUAUCCUAUCUCUACAUCUACAUCUACCUCUACCUCUACCUCUACCUCUACCUCUACCUCUACCUCUACCUCUACCCCUACCUCUACCUCUACCUCUACCGUCACCUGUCUAUCUACAUCGACAUCACCCUACGCAUACUACCUAGAACAGCAGAGGACGAAGAAGAAGAAGAACAGCGCCACGCACCAAGUAACUCCGAGCUGUGGCUGUCGCCCGCUCGCGCAUCACAAGACUCUCUUCCCCUACGCUCGCUCUGCUCUGCUCUGCUCUGCUCUCCGGCCGGGGAUGACUUCAUCAGCUCUCGGUGCUCCUGGGUCUCGUUCUUCUUCUCCAUAGCCAAUCGAGCUCGCUCAGUCCCUGCGUCCGCCCGUCGACCCUCAUCGUCUGCCGUCUGCCGUCUGCCGUCCUGUUUACACGCCUGUCGUGGAGCGGCGUCUCGGGGGGAGCCUAACCUACCUCUGCUUCUCUCACCAUCCCCCACCAACCACCACCACAUCCUCCUGCCGCCGGUUGCACUUCUAGACAGUCUCGAAAGAAUGGGAAAUGCGUGUCUUUCCUGCUUAACAGGUACCUUCACUUCGAUCUCCAGUUGCUGCCACCACCGCCUUGCUGACCUGGUGGCUCCCUGCAAAGGUCGAUCGAGGGAUAGCCUCUACGAGCCAAUCAUCGCCGAUACCGAACGCGAAGCUGUAGCAGACCUGUUACAGUAUCUGGAAAACCGGAAUGAGACCGACUUCUUCACUGGCGAGCCGCUACGUGCGCUCAGCACCCUCGUCUACUCUGAUAAUGUCGACCUCCAGCGAAGUGCCAGUCUUACCUUUGCCGAGAUAACGGAAAGAGAUGUUCGUGAGGUCGACCGGGAUACUCUGGAGCCAAUAUUAUUCCUGCUCGAGAGCCCGGAUAUCGAGGUGCAGCGCGCUGCAAGCGCUGCUCUGGGCAACCUUGCUGUUAACACUGAGAACAAGGUGUCGAUAGUCCUCCUCGGAGGCCUCGCUCCUCUUAUCCGGCAGAUGAUGUCUACAAACGUCGAGGUGCAGUGCAAUGCCGUUGGAUGUAUCACCAACCUAGCUACCCAUGAGGAGAACAAGGCGAAGAUUGCGGGCUCUGGAGCCCUAGGUCCGCUCACCCGGCUAGCAAGGUCAAAGGAUAUGCGCGUUCAACGGAAUGCGACUGGCGCUUUGCUGAACAUGACACAUUCUGACGAGAACAGGCAACAGCUCGUCCUUGCCGGCGCGAUACCGAUACUGGUCCAGCUCCUCACCUCGCCAGACGUUGAUGUACAGUACUACUGCACCACUGCUCUAAGUAACAUUGCAGUUGAUGCCCUAAACCGUAAGAAGCUUGCACAGACUGAGUCGCGGCUCGUCCAGUCUCUCGUUCAACUGAUGGACUCGUCGACGCCCAAAGUACAAUGUCAGGCAGCUCUUGCGCUUCGAAACCUAGCUUCAGACGACAAGUACCAACUAGAGAUCGUUCGUGCGAGGGGACUCCCACCGCUCCUUCGAUUGCUGCAGUCGUCGUAUCUCCCAUUAAUCCUGUCCGCAGUUGCAUGUAUUCGAAACAUCUCCAUACACCCAAACAACGAGUCGCCAAUCAUCGAUGCCGGUUUCCUCAAACCGUUAGUCGACCUUCUCGGCUCUAUCGACAACGAAGAGAUCCAGUGUCACGCCAUCUCCACUUUGCGAAAUCUUGCAGCCAGCUCAGAUAGAAACAAGGAGUUGGUGCUGGAAGCUGGUGCCGUGCAGAAAUGUAAAGAACUAGUUCUACAAGUACCACUAACUGUACAGUCGGAAAUGACUGCUGCCAUCGCUGUUUUGGCACUAAGCGAUGACCUAAAAGCUCGCCUCUUGAAACUCGGCGUUUUUGAUGUCUUGAUCCCUCUGACCGCUUCCGAAAGCAUCGAGGUUCAAGGUAACAGUGCCGCAGCAUUAGGCAACCUAUCGUCAAAAGUUGGCGACUACUCUAUAUUUGUCCGAGACUGGACUGAACCCAACGGCGGUCUCCACGGCUAUCUAAGCCGAUUCCUAGCCAGCGGUGACCCCACAUUCCAACAUAUCGCCAUAUGGACCCUCCUCCAACUGAUCGAGUCUGAAGACAAGCGACUAAUCGGCUUCAUCACCCGAUCAGAAGAUGUAAUACAACUCGUGCGAGCGAUCGCGAACAAAAGCCUUGAAUCCGAUGACGACGAGGGAGAAGAAGGCGAAGAAGGUACCGGCGAAGUCAUCACCCUUGCACAGAGAUCGCUCGAACUACUUGGCUUCGACUCAAAGCAUAGUUGA